CAUUCUCGUGAUAUAAAACUUGAAUCGUCUUGGGGUUGCAGGACCCCACAUCAAACGGCGUCGUUAAGUACACGAUUCGUUCCCCUCCAGAAAGAAAAGCGAGUUUAGGUGAGAGAACCUUCUCAUAAUUCUUUCCGACGCAAUGAUCAUCAGAGACAGACAGAAUCUGAAGAAGCCAUAUGGACUUGCGCAACACGAAAUCUAGCCUUCACUCACCUAUUCGGUUACAUCGCUUUUGGCAGCGAAGAACUUGCGAGCGAAGGGGAGAAAUCGCAGUUUGAUUUGAUGAGUAGACAGGGAAUGUGUGGAGGAAGAUGAUGUUCUUCAACGCCUUGAUUCAGCGGAGACUCUCUGCUCUCUUACGGCCAUGGCUGGCGGACGAGCCGGAACUCGAAGUCAAGCUAGGGUUUCUUCGCUCUCACGGAAUCGCCACAAACCUCCGCUUCAACGCUUCCGCUCUGAACCAGUUGCUAGAUGAUCCUUCUCGCGUGUGCUUCAGAGAAGUGGUCGUCGAACAGUUUGGCUUUCACGUGUCCAACUGGUCCGCCCCUGCUUUCAAUUUCCGAAUUCAAGGCCUUCGCGUUUCUCUAGCACUGGGUGAGAAUGAGGGAAGUGCAGAAAUCAGGCCGAAACCACGAGACAAGUCUAUUGAUCAGAAAAGGAAGCUCCUGGCAGAGCUUGACCCGCAGGGUAGUUCUCUGCAUGCUGCGAUGGAAAGGAUCACUGAAAUUAGAGAAUUUAAGUGGACAGAUUCUCUGUUUGAUUGCAUAUUUCAGCAUUGUCAGUUUCAAGUGCGUGAUGUUGAAGUCACAUUGCUGCAUUCUCAUUCGAAUGGUUUUGUUUCCUUCUCAUUUCUGAUGAAGGAACUUGGCGUGGGAUGUGAAUCUGUCCGGUGUUGUUUCCUCAGUGGGGCUAUCAGUUCAUUUCUCUUGCCCUCUAGAGAAAGCUACAUUGAUAUUGACAUUGAUAAUUUUGAGAUAACAUUAAAUACUGAACAUCACGUGAGCAACAUUGUGCCUUCAACAAACCUACAUGCUUCCAUUAAAUCUAAAAAUCAUAGUUUUAUUGAAUUUGAUUUUUCUGUUGAAGCAUUGAAACUUUCUUUAUCUCCCUUUCAUGUUUCCGCAAUACUUCUACUUUUCGUAUUGUCUUCGAAAGAAGCCAAGUCUAUUAGAAGUGGUAGGCAACUGUGGAAAAUAGCAGCAGACAAAAUUAAGUCCUUAACUUCAAUGCGCAAGUUUUUAUUGCAUAAGCAUUGGAAGAAAAUUUGCCAAAUGGAAGAUGACCUACCCAGUGAAGCCAUUGCACUUGCUAGAAAAAUAAUACGCAAUAGAGCUGCUUCAGAUCUUGGACAUGUUCCCAAUGGUUCUUUUCUAUGCCGCCACAUUGUCCUAGAUGUUGGAGAAUUUUCAAUUUUGAUUUCCCCUGAAGACGAAGUUCACCCUUCUGUUAGUGGGAAGAUGCUCUCUGAUAUUGGGCUCGCAUACCAUGAGUUGCUUUCAUUUUCUGUUUUUAUCGAUGUACUUCACUUAAGAUAUUCUGAAAAUAUUACGCAACAAUGUCUUGCCUUUGGCUGUCAGUCCUUCAGGGUGGUUCCUUUAUCUCUUAUAGAAGGCAAUUAUAGAAAAUCUGUGAAGUACUUGAAUGGUGCUCAGAAAAAAAAGUCUCAAAGCUUAUCCCCAGUAUUAUGGGGUGAGCCUGCAGAAAUUGUACACUCUGUGGAAAAUACUGCCUAUCAUGCUAAUGGGACUGGCAUCCCUGGUCUCUCUUUUAAAGACUACAUCAUAGGAGAAAUGCUCUUGAAGUGGAGAAAAUGUUGCUCAAAAGUUGGAGCCAAUGAAAUCCAGGAUUUUGUGAACCCAUUUGCUCUUUGCGAGAUAAACAAUCUCUUGAUUGAUCAAACCAUGCAGAAUAGUACAUUAGGGUCUUUACGUUGCGGUAUGGUGGUUGGAAGGCUGAAUUUAAUUAUUGAAAAUGCAUCCGUAGUAUCUGUUGCUGUAAUUUCUACACAGAUUAAGAAUGCCCUUUCGUGGACUCGGUCUAAUGUGGAAACAAGUACUGUGUUGCAUGCUACAUCACCCUCUAGUGGUGACUUGCCCUCAAUUGACUGGAGGAAUAACUACAUAUUACUUUCAUCUCAAAUGGCAGUAGCAGAACAUGCGUCAAUUUUGCAAAAGCAUAUUCAUAUCCGAAUAAGAGUUGCUGGUCCACACAUUCAGAUUUCAUUGAUAAACAUGGAGCAUCACGAUCAGUUAACAGGCCUGCUUCAUGCAACUAGGAAUGGUAUGGCCCACCUUAGAAUUGAAGCUGCCAACAUGGAACUUUCCGUUUCGCCAAAUCUGGAAUCUGACUUCAGUUUCUCAAGUAAAUCAAUGUCAGUUGCGGAUGCAAAAGCAAAGAGCAUUAGGCUAAUGGAGCUUCGUCAGAGUGGCAUUCCUAAGUUGAAUGAUGAAACCAUGAGCUCCCAAACAUGUAUCUCAAUUGACACACAGCUAAAAUUUGAUGGGGUGAAAGUGUAUCUUGAUAUAACAAAUAAUCCACGUAGCCAAGUCAUUGUGUUAGCUCCUGUAACCUUCAGGCUAAUAUCUUCAAGGAAGGAUCUGCAUUCAUUGGGCUCAACAGUGAUUGUUUGGUUUAUUUCUUUAAUUUGGGCAGCUAAUGGGUUGGCUGUUGUAUUAUUUUUGGAUGAAAUGAAUGCUUUGGUAAAGGCAGCAUAUGAUUUGUCUCGUGCAAUGUUACAUGUUCUCAAUUUGCCCAGUUUAGCUACCAGCCUCAUUCAUCAUAAAAUUUCAUUCCAAGAAAUGUCUUCAAAUCCUGGAAAUCAUGGAGUAAUGAUGACUAGAAGUGCAGCUUUUUUUAGGGGUCUUAUCAUUAUUGAGAAUAUCUGUGAGCUCAAGUCAGUUGAAAUCAUCCUUCACUACUCUAGGAAAGUAUGUAAUACAGAUUCAGAUGGGAUGAAUGCUCACAUUGAUACCAACCAGAAGUUGGACUGCGAAGCCUGGCUAGACUGUGGAAUUCACAUGUCUAUUGAGCAGUUUGAUUUAUUGUUUUCAUUUGAACCAGAAAAGGUGAAUAUUUGCAUCAAAUUAUCUGGAUUUCAGUCUGAUAUUCUUGGACAAAUAAAGGACAUUGCUGAGGUUUCUGAUCAAUUUGAACUUAACAAUCUUUUCCAAUCAUUGCAUUGUUUAUAUGGAGCGUCGUGUUCAUAUGGCAAAUUUGAGAUGUGCUGGAAAGCCAUUCCACUCCCCAGUUUGAUAAAUUCAGCUGAUGUUUAUACAUCUAGUAGUGUAACUUUGCUGUUGUCUGGAGAUUCUCCCUUGAUGGUAAAAGCUGAUGACCACUCUUUUGAUUGCUUACACAUGAGCAUUGUUCUUGAUGAAGUUUAUUUAGUUGGAUGCCCAGUAAAAAAAUUGCUGAUUCAAUCACACAAACCAAAUAAACUUGAGGGAUCUCUUUGUGUUGGUGGAGAACUUCGUAAUAUCUCUUGCGAGAUUCAGGGAGGUUAUAUUGCUAGUGAAGCAACAGCAGUCGUGAUGUUUGUUCAAUGUUUUGCACUUUAUCAUUUCCGGUUCAGAGAGCUUUGGCCUGCUGCAACAUUGGUCGGGGAGAAACAUGCUGAAAAUGUGGAAGUGAUUAAAAGUUUACCAAGUCAAGAAUUGUGGCACCAGCAAUUAAUUAAUUGGAACCAAUUCAAGGCACUGAGCGGGCUUCAGGAACUUCUGCUAGAGACGAGCUGUGAAUUUAACCUCAAAGCACCAACAAUAUAUUCAUUUAGUAUUUCAAAAUUGUCAAUUAUUUCAUGCUCCUUUGACAUGACGACGGAACAAAGAAUUAGGGGCACCAACAUUCUCUCUCCCUUUGUAAUGUCAAAUGAGAGAGACAGUAGUUCUGUUAUCUCUUCAAAGUACGAGCAUAAUAUCCAUUCAUUUGAUGAUGCAAGUAGCUCAAGUUCUCAUGUUCUUCAAAAGGAAAUUAUUGCUGAUGAUUCAGAAAAAUCACAUACGAAUAAUGCUGGAUCACAAAACUUGCUUGCAUCUCCUCAAAAUUAUGUUUUGCGAGACCUAUCAGCUUCUUUAGUAGUUGAACAACUUGUGUUGAGGAAGAGGAAUGGUUCUCAGCAGUUGAACUAUUUUUGGGUUGGCCGUGGCUCUCUUUUAGGCUUUGAUAUGACUAUUUCUCUGCCUGAAAUACAGAUGAUACUUCUUGCUGGCGAACAAAUAUCUGGGCUUUAUAGCAAUGAUACUAAUAGAAGUGUGAAACAAAGGUCUUUGGCCAGUGGCCAGGAGUUUGCGGAAAGUAUGGACCACGAUAUUCCUGAUGGAACUAUUGUUGCCAUUGAAGAUGUGAGUCAACAUAUGUUUAUUGCAGUCAAUAGAGCUGAAAGUAGUUAUACUUUAGUUGGUGAAAUACAUUACUCACUUGCAGGCGAGAGGGCUCUCUUUAGGGUGAAGUAUCAUGAAUCAAGGAGGUGGAUGUCCCAAACUUCUUAUUUUUCAUUGAUUUCAUUGUAUGCCAAUGAUGAAUAUGGGGAACCAUUGCGAUUAAGCUGCAGGAUGAGAUCUGAUUAUGUUGACAUUUCCAUAUCUGAUCGUGGUGCAUGCACACUUUGGUAUGCCAUUCCUUGCGAAUUGAAAGCAUUCGAGGGAGCUGCUGAUUGUGAAAUGUUUCCCUCAACCAAACGUAUGUUUCAACUUGUGAACAAGAAAAAUGGCCGUGCUGCUGCUUUUGUUGACGGGGUCCUGGAAUUUGUCAGCAAGCCAGGAAAUCCAUUUAAAUGGAAAGUACUUGAUAAUCAUUUUCCAACUGUUAAUAAUCAUUCGCCUAGUAUUUUAAGGGAGGAAUCUCAAACAGGUAAUCAAUAUGAAUUACAAGUAAAAGACAGAGCAGAUCAUGGAAAAAAUGAAAAUACUUCGGGUAUAACUAUUACAAUGGACAAUAUUUCAUGGACCAUCGUGCAUGAACUUUCACAUACUAAGGAAAAGUUUCCACUCCUUCAGGGGUCUAUUAGUUCUACUGAGACUAUGGUUCAGAUUUCAAACAAUAAAAUUCGGGUGAUGAGCAGGUUACAGGCUCUACUAUAUUAUUUUGACGCCAAGAAAAACUUAUGGAGAAAAUUGAUGCAUCCACUUGAAGUUUUCAUUUUCUAUCGUUAUAGACUCCUAUCCAAGGACUUGGAACAUGUUACCCAUCGGGUGCCUGGUCAUCUCUAUGCAAGAACUGGAGAGUUAAAUUUAUCAAUGUGUGAGGCUGCACUCGAUAUCAUACUCUUUGUCAUUGGGCAGUUAAAUUUGGCUGGCCCUUAUGCAGUAAAAAGCUCCAACAUUUUAGCAAACUGCUGCAAGAUUGAAAAUAAGUCAAGCUUGACGCUUGUCUGUAACUUCUAUGAUAAUCAAGAUGUUUCAGUUUCUGGAAGACAAUCUAGUGUCAUAUUAUUAAGGCAUUUGGCUUCAACAAAUCAGUCCCCAGAUGCAUAUGUUUUUUCAAUCCAACUUACAGAGACGAGGGUCCUAUCUACUUCUUUAAUUCGUCUCUCACUCUUGGAAGCCCAAGCAUUCUCUUGUAGAACACGUAUAGAAUCAUUAAAAGACUCAAAAACUCUCCCUGGUCCAUUUCUUGUAGUUGAAAUUUCACCGAAUACUGAGGAUGGCUUCUUAGUUGUGGUGUCUCCAUUACUUCAAGUUCGCAAUGAGACUGAUUUCCCUCUGGAGCUGCGUUUUCAACGUGGUCAACAAAAGGACACUGAGUAUGCUUUUGCCGUUUUGGAUGUUGGGGAUACACUUGAUGAUUCCAUGGCAACAUUUGGUGCUAUUAGUCUCUCCGGUGAACAAAGAAAGGCAUUAAUGUCUCUAAGUGUUGGUAAUUUCUUACUCUCUUUUAGACCAAGCAACAUAGAUGGUAUAACAAACUCAAAGAUUUCAACAGUCCACUGGUCUAGUGAUCUCAAAGGGAGGAAGCCUGUCCAUCUAUCAGGAAUAUUUGAUAAAUUGAGUUACCAAGUCCGCAAGGCAUUUUCUGUUAAAUCACUCAAGUACUCGUUUAGUACUGUAUAUUGUGAUAUAGAGUUUGAAGAUGGACGUGCUGCUAAGAUACACUUCCUGAUUCACAGCAUUGGAAAGGAUGUACCUCUUACACACCCAGAUACCUUUGGAUAUGUACAUGCAGAUAAGAACUCUUCAAUUUCACUGCAAGAGCAGAAAGAAAUCUUUCUUAUUCCGACUGUUUGUGUCUCCAACUUAUUACAAACAGAGAUUCAUGUGGCUUUGAGUGAGACAGAUCUCCAUUCUACAUUGUCGAGCGACUCUAUAUGGAACACCGCAACGAUUGCCUCAGGAUCUUGUGUCAAUUUAUAUGCUGAUCCUGCGUUUAAAUAUUUUAAUGUCACUUUAACUGCUUAUACUUCAAGUUGCAAACCAAUUGCUAGCGCUGAUUGGGUGAAAAAGUUACAGAAACAGAAGAGCAAUAUCUCCCAUUUAGACAUUGAAUUAGAGUUUUGCAAUGGAAAGUAUUUUGCAUUGCUAAGAUUGUCUCGAGGACACCGAGGAAAAUUAGAGGCUGCUAUCUUUACUUCAUAUACAUUGGAGAAUGAUAUGGUUUUUCCUUUCAUCUGCCUUCCCGCAAACCAGAAGCCUAUGCCUAGGGAUGUUGUCCAAAAACUUGGUUCCGAAGUUCCUCCGGAGCUAGGGUCAUAUCUUCCUCCUAAAUCAACGAGGUCCUGGUUCAUGAAGUAAAUACAUUCACCUUCUCACGGGCUUGUUUUAGUGUCCU